AUGUUUUGCAGGAGCGAUGCAGAUGACGUUGAGACAGCUCAGUCAACGCAUCAACUCACAGAAGACAAGAAAGAAGUUGCUUUGGAAGCGGAACUUGAGGCAAAGGGUACUCCAGCGUUUAUCGCUUCUAAAUCGGGUGCGUUUGUGAAGCCUUCGCCAACAUAUCAUCCACUAGCUCAAAUAUCGCCUAAUUUUGCACCUGUUCCUUUUUUUCCACUUCUUGUGCCGGGUCCCAGUCCUUAUGCAGUGCCAAUGCGUCUUCAGCCACCAGUUAAUCCGGCGGCUUCGUUAUCUCCGAGUUAUGCAGCCUUAUAUAUGCAACAAGCCGCAGCUUUAUCUCCUAGUUUUCUAACAUUCCCUCCCUCAACGUCUCCUCUUCCGGGAAGUCCCGCAGCUACACCUAAAGGAUGCAAUCCUUUCCCAGGUUUUAUGAGAAACAUGACUGCAUCUGCACCGCAUCCUCUUAAUUCUAUCAAUCAAAUGCGCUUACCUCAGAUGGGAUCGCCGAUCGCAUCAAUGGCUAAUGAUCUCGCACAAACAGUGAAUGGUGCUGCAACGCCAAAACGGAUAAAGGCUGAAGCUAGACUUCAAAGGGAAAGACAUGUUAAAAAACCCUUGAAUGCGUUUAUGUGGUUUAUGAAAAAGAAUCGACCAAAGUUAAUGGAAGAAUUGGAUUACAAAGAACGGCAAAGUGCUGAAUUGAAUAAAGAAUUAGGAAGGCGAUGGCAUGAUCUCCCAAAAGAAGAACAGCAAAGGUAUUAUGAUAUGGCAAAAGAAGACAGGCAAAGACAUAUGGAAAAGUAUCCCAAUUGGUCUGCUAGAGAGAAUUAUGCAAUAAAUAAAAAGAAAAAGAAAAAGAAUCGAGAUAAAAUUGACGGUAAAACGGAGAGCAAAAGAAAUGCCGUGCAAGAUUCGGUUUGGCACACCAAGAUAAGUGGUGCAAGCAUUGUAAACGGAAGAAGCGUUGCAGCAUCUCCAUUGGCUGCUGUAGUUUCUUCUACAACACCUGGUACUCCGGGGACUCCAACAUCCUUGUCAGGUCCUGAUUGUAUAUAUUGAUU